ACUUAACAUAUUCAUAAACCAAACAUAACUUAACGUUUUCUCCUACUUGUCACUUGUUCUUGAUUCACACACACAAAUAUCUGUAUCUAUAUAUUGUAGAUAUGGGUAUAUGUUUAUGAAUUAUAAGCCACAAUUCAAGAAUACAAAGAUAGGUUGACCACCCCUUUUGUUAGUGGACUCUCUACCUUGAAAUUAACUAAGGCGGGGGCUGUCCUGAUACAUAUAUACUUACACAUAUACAUACAGAUAUUGUAUGGCUCCUCCUUUUGAUUUUCAAGAAUUUCAAGAAAAUCUUGCAGUAAAGCUGAGACCUUUACAAAGGUCUUUUGAGUUUUGGGCCAGAGCAGCUGAUAUUUACACUGGAUAUAAGGUGUUUCAAGUUCGAGUUGUUUUCGAAAAGGAUGUGCAGAAGCAAGAGGCAAUGUGGGAGAGGCAACAUGAGCUUGCUGCUGAGAAGAUUUAUUCAAUGUGCUCUGACAUGGGAGGGUUUUUUCUGAAGGUUGCCCAAAUUAUUGGGAAGCCUGACUUGGCUCCAGCUGCAUGGGUAAAAAGACUUGUUACAUUGUGUGAUCAUGCUCCGCCAACACCAGCUAAUGUAGUGCGGCGUGUGCUGGAGGCAGAGUUAGGUCAAAGUAUGGAAGAAGUCUUUGAAAGGUUUGACUUGGAUGUUCUUGGUUCUGCCUCGAUUGCACAGGUCCACCGUGCAAGGCUGAGAGGUGAAAAGAUUGAUGUAGCCGUGAAGGUGCAACAUCCUGGAGUUCAGGAUCUUAUGAUGACAGAUCUCCGAAACUUGAAAGCUUUUGCUUUAUACAUGCAAAAGACAGAUAUCAAAUUUGAUUUAUACUCGAUAACCAAGGAAAUGGAGAAACAGAUAGGAUAUGAAUUCGACUUCAGAAGGGAGGCUGAUGCUAUGGAACGGAUUCGAUGUUUUCUAUAUAGCAAAGGAAAAAAGUCCCCUGUUCAGGUGCCACGAUUGAUUAGGAACUUGGUAACUAGGAAAGUAUUGGUGAUGGAAUAUAUUGAUGGAAUCCCAAUCCUUAAUCUUGGAGAUGAAAUUGCGAAAAGAGGCAUAAACCCUGCUGGUAAGGUGGCAGCAGCAGCAAAGCAGAACAUUCUAAAAAGUCUGACACUUGCAUAUGGAGAAAUGAUACUGAGGAGUGGCUACUUUCAUGCAGAUCCACAUCCUGGAAACAUUUUGGUUUGUAAAGGUUCAGAGAUUGCACUGCUCGACUAUGGUCAAGUGAAGGAUCUACCUGAUGAGUUAAGGCUCGGAUAUGCAAGUUUAGUUCUUGCUAUUGCAGAUAAUGAUCCUGCCAAAGCAUCAGAGAGCUUCAGGGAGCUUGGCAUAGAUACACUAAAGUUAUGUGAAAUGGAAGAAAUUGAAAUGCUUAAGUUGGCACAGACGAUGUUUGAUACAAAGCUACCACCAGGUGUAAAGAUGCUACAACCUUUUUCAGAGGGAUCAUCAAUCAAAAAAAUUAGUGUGCGGGCUUUCCCAGAGGAACUUUUUUCUGUUCUUCGCACUGUCCAUCUGUUGAGAGGACUUAGUGUGGGUCUUGGAAUCAACUACUCGUGUGCAGAGCAAUGGCGACCCAUUGCAGAAGAAGCCUUGUACACUGCAGGCAGAUUAAAAGAUAAAGACUACAGGAGUAAAGCACGAAGACGUGGCUUUUUCAGAAGUCUGCUAUGGAGGAAUUAAUUGCUAUCGCAGGAAAUUUAGUCAAAGAUCCAGAUUAUUAGCGCUAGUCUUCAUUUUCUUUUCUUUUUGGUUCCUGAUUUGGGAUCACAGAGUUUUACUAAUCGCGCAUUGAAGUUUUGGCAUACAGAAAUUAUUUAAGGCCCGGCUCUGAGUGGCAGAAACAUGAAGUUUUAGGCAGCCUAAUACAGAAUGAUCCCAGGGACAUUUUCCGCAAUCAUUGUUUUACUAUUGAACUGUUAUUAAUCGACAAGGCAUUACGUAUACUCCAA